CCCCAAAAUGCCCUGAUCUCUCUCAUUCUCUCGUCUUUCCUUUCCCUCCGGUUCUCUUAUGGGAUCACUCCGUUCCACGCUUCGCCUACUCCCUCUAUUACUCUCUUGUUAGGGUUUUCCUCUCCCGUCUCGUUUCCUUUAGGAUUCGAUACGCUCAAACCCCAACCCUACUCCUUUUUGCUCGCCCGUCUCCACAUUUUCUCGGACUACUACACGCACACCGGUAGAUACUAGUGUGCGAAACUAUCAGCUUCUGUCGUGAAGAGAUUAAGGAAAUGGAGCAGCGAUUAGCGAAUACUUGGCGGAUGACCGUCAACGAGAAGAAGUUCAUAGAGACUGCUCUCCUUUCCGAUCUCAGAGUCGACGGCCGCCGGCCUUUUGAUUACCGUAAACUCACCAUCAAGUUCGGCAGAGAGGAUGGCUCAUCAGAGGUGCAGCUUGGUGAGACCCAUGUCAUGGGCUAUGUGACUUCUCAACUGGUGCAACCUUAUCGAGAUAGGCCAAAUGAAGGAACACUUGCCAUAUUUACUGAAUUUUCUCCCAUGGCUGAUCCUUCAUUCGAGGCAGGGCGUCCAGGGGAAUCUGCAGUAGAACUAGGGCGUGUUAUAGAUCGUGGUCUGAGGGAAAGCAGAGCCGUGGAUAUGGAAUCCUUAUGUGUUGUUGCAGGGAAAUCUGUAUGGGCCAUCCGUGUGGACCUUCACAUUCUGGAUAAUGGAGGCAAUCUCAUUGAUGCUGCUAAUAUUGCUGCUUUGGCUGCUCUCUUGACAUUUCAAAGGCCUGAAUGUACACUAGGAGGAGAAAAUGGUCAGGAAGUUAUUGUUCAUGAUCCUGAGGUUAGGGAACCACUCCCUUUGAUAGUCCAUCAUCUCCCCGUGGCAGUAACUUUUGCAAUCUUUGAUGAAGGUAACAUCAUGGUGAUAGAUCCAACUUACAAGGAAGAGGCUGUUAUGGGAGGAAGGAUGACUGCUACAUUGAACUCAAAUGGCGAUGUUUGUGCUGUUCAAAAGGCUGGAGGAGAGGGUGUCAUGUCAAGUGUAAUCAUGCAGUGUUUGCGGAUAGCCUCUGUUAAAGCUGCUGACAUCACAAGCAAAAUUAAGGAUGCAGUAGAUGCAUACAACACUGAAAGAGCAUUGCGAAAAGUAAAGCGUCAUCCACCAUCAGUUGCACUUGAAGUCAGUGUACCAGACGUUAUAAUGAAGGAGAACCAAGUUGAUGAGUUAAGUAGACAUAGAGCGCAGAAUUUAAAAGAUGAGCCAGAGAGAAGCUGUAGUAAUGAUGGUACUAGCAUUGGAGUGGAAAUUAGUACUUCUAGAGGGAAAAAUAAUGCAUUCAUUGGUGGCCCUUCAAGCUGGGAUCCGUACUCAAAGGGUAUUUCAUCAUGUUUUAUUAGAAGUUCUCAAGAUUUACCUGGGCCUUUAUACUUGGCUAAGGAACAAGAGGAAGCAAAAAUCAGUCAAAAUUCAAUUGAAUCCGAUCCCGAGGCAGCAAAUACUUUGAGUUCUGGCCCUGUUGGAGCCUCGGUUGCGAGCCAGCAAGCUAACUCUCCAAAGAGUCUGAAAGAUGCUGUGAAACCCAAAAAUAGGAAGAAAAAUAAAGCAUCCUCGACUAGUGACAUGAGCUAGAUUUAUCAAAAGUCGCCAUGAAGCAUAACACUGUCAGCAGGAUUUAUACUACUCUGAGACACUACUGCUUACCUGGCAUUGUGGUGAUUAUGCAAGUCAACAUAUUGGAAGCAUCCCAUCAUUGAAAGUGCCUGCAUUCUGAACUUAUGGACUUGUACCCCUCUUGGUAGAGGUUUCCAUCCCUAGCUUGCAGACACAUUUCAGGGGUUUGGAACCUGAGCUUAGACUGCUUGGUGACCAAACAGCCCAAUCAGCUCUGAUGAAUUAUCAGCACUAUGGUUGCAGACUCAUUUGUAGGAGUGGGGCCAAAAAUGAAUUAUCAGCACUAUGGUUGCAGACACAUUUGUAGGAAUGGGGCCAAAAAUGAGAUGGCUCUCAGAACUAUCCUUGACUGCUGUCUACAGGAAAAUUUUUGGCAUCAUGACAGUUUUAAUUUAUCCUUAAAAGAAACUAAGUUUGAAAUCAAAAAUUUGUUGCUGAGUGCUAGAUUUACUUGGUAACUUUGGAUGAAAUUGGGCUCCCAAUGGCCUCUUCGAUGCUGAUUGUGUAUAUUUUAGGGCGCAGUCAUGAUUGGAUCUUUAGAAGAUUUUGAACAUGCUCGGGCCAGAACUGUGCGAUUGCAUUCCUUAAAGAGUUUGUCAAAGAAACAGUUGCCAUGAAAAUUUAGCAUGUACCUCUUCAUAUUUGUUUAAUCAGAAUGCUUAAUAUUAAAAUGCCUGCUGUGAUGAAUUUAACUUCCUUUUCUCUUUCAUGUAAAAGAUGCAAGACAAAAAGUUCGGUGUACCCUCUUUGUGAGACUCUGAGACGGAUGAUAGUUGCAUACUGGAGAAGCUUUAUUUUACAGAAAUUCAGAAAUUAUUGGGGCAGAGUGUAGUCAAGGUUAGGGUGUCAAAAUUGUUGUUUUAACGUGUCAAAAUUGCUGUUUUAACAUUUUGCGAUGAUUACGAAAGUAAUCAUCGGAUAACUGGAUAUCUAAUUGACAUGUGGUAGAGGUUUUGCUCACUUCA